GCCUGAUAAAAGAAAAAGUACAAUUUACUAUAAUAAUAAUCAUAAGAAAAGAAAUAGAAACUAUGAACGUAACCGUAAUUUUAAUAUUGAAAGUGAGCCUCUGUCAGAGUCUAUGAAAAUUUUCAAAGCAUUGCUGACUCUACAUUCAAGACAUGAUAUUAUUCUGGAUUUAGAUAUGAUUGAAAAAUUGAAAACGACACAAGAAUUAGAUCUAACUCAGUGCAAAUUAAUUAAAUUACCACCAACUAUACUCCAAUUAACAGCAUUAAAAACUUUGAUUCUAGAUGAUAAUCAGAUUCUUCAUCUUCCUAAAGCAAUAAGUGAAAUGCUUACUAUUACAAAAUUUAGUAUAGCUAAUAAUGGUCUGAGUGACUUUCCUUGUAAAAUAACAAAUUUAACAAAUCUUGUAAUAUUAAAUAUUUCUGGUAAUAAACUUAAAAGUCUACCAGAUUACUGUAAAAAAUUAGAAAAUUUACAAGUUUUAGAUAUUUCAAAAAAUGAACUUAAAUGCAUUCCUAGAUGUAUUCAGAGAGGUCUUGCAAAUCUAAAAAUACUUGAUGUGUCUAAAAAUGAGGGUAUGUCCUUAAACGGUAGAAUUUUUAGUAAAAAACUUAAAGAGCUUUACGUCAGAAAUAAUGGAUUAGUACAAGCAAACUUUCCUGGAUGGUUAUUCUUUAAUGAUAUCACUGAAUAUGAUGUAAUUGAUUUUGAGUACACUUGUUUUGAAGUAAUAACAAUUCAUCCAGCUAAAAGAAAAAUUAAAAUAAAGAAACUAAAUUUGGAGCAAUCUUACUUAAAUGAUAGACUGUUAUCAAUAAUACUCAAGAAUAUUGAAUCUGUAAACUAUUUAAGAAUUGGAAAUGUUUCUGGCCGUUAUCUUGAAAAUAGUUUUACAGCAUUUCCUAAAGAAUUCAAUAAUCCAAAGGAUGUCAGAGAAUUAAAAAUCAAUCAAGUUGGAUUGUCUGUAUUAUCUAAAACAAUUGGGAGUUUUCUCAAUCUCACUAAACUUGAACUUCAAGAUAACUCCAUAAGCUGGUUACCAGAUGAAAUUGUUAAUUUAAAGCGUUUGGAAAUUUUAAUAAUUGAUAACAACUCAUUAAUGAUGUUACCAGAAAAUAUAGGUUACAUGGGUUCUUUAAAAAUAAUUAGUGCUCCUAAUAAUAGUAUUUCUUCAUUACCAGAAUCAAUUCGUUAUUUAAAGUCCAUAGAAUACAUAGAUUUGUACUGUAAUUAUAUAACAGAUCUACCAAAUCUAUUUCAUUCAACUUUAAUCAUUUUAAAAGGUCUAGAUUUAGAACAGAAUACAAUCAAUACCAAUAACUUUCAGCUACCUGCAUCAUAUGAAAGCUUACGGAACCAAUUAGGAAGUGACAACAAUGAUUUGAAGUUACGAAGCAUAGGCCCACGAGUUAUUCAAGCUACUUCAGAUGAAAGUCGAAAUUCUUCUUUCCAUGAACACAUCUCUUCAGAUUCAAAUAAGAGUAGCUCAUAUAAUAGUGAUCAAAGCCAAAAUAAUUGGAAUACAGAAUAUGAUAGUUCAGAUGAUUUUGAUCCAUUUGGUCCUCCUAAAGUUCUUAAUCAACGAGAAGCUUAUAUUAUGCAGGAUAAAAUGCAAUUUUGUCCAGCUGAUAUUCAUCCUCGGCGCAUUCGAGAAAUCUUGGCUUCGAAAAUUGGUAAUAAAAAAUAUAGACCGUUUACACCAGUAGAAGGACAGUUUGAUGAUGCAGAAUAAUGACCUAUAUUUUUUUUUGUUUAAAUUCUGUAUUCUUUUACUCCAUACUUUUAUCAGUAGAUAUGAAUAUUUGUUCAAUUAAAUUAAUUGAUAUUAUUAGAAAAAACUUUAUUUAAGUAGAAAUAUUAUUCAAAAUUAAUUUAUAAAAUAUAUGAUGCUUUAAAAAUUGAUUGAAAGUUCAAAAAUAAUAUACUUGCCGAUAAAAAAUUUUGUUGAGCUGUAAGCACAAUCUUAAUCACAAUUUAUGUUUCAAUAUUCACUUAAUUUCUCUUUGCCACUGAGUGUUAGCAAUACUUAAAGUUAACUUUAAAUGUUACCAUUGACUCAUUAAAAAAUCUGUUUACAAACUUGCAAUUCAAAUUGAGUUAGUAUUUUAGGUUAGAUAGAAAUUAUUUUUAUCGAAAAAAAAAAAACUGGAUUUACAUUUACUAAAAAUUUUACUCAUUUUAAUAAAUGAAAUAGUUAUCAAUAUAAUUAAAAUGAAUUCAAAAAAUGUGUAAUCAACUA